UGCCGGCUUCCGGAAGUACGUCACGACCUCGGGCCUGGCUCCUCCUGAGUCCGCCCGGCCGCUCGGAACUUCGGUUCGAAACAAAACAAACCGCGGGGGUGGGCGUCGCCGGGGCCUGUGGUGGGAGGGCGCCGGCAUUUGUUCCUUGUGAGAGAGAUUGACCACAAAGAGUCGCCAAGAUAGCUGGCUCGGGAAGAAAACGUCGAACCCCUGACCCAGACUCCGUCACUGACCCCGGCGGGCCGUUUGUUUCAUCCAAACGGCUGAAAAUGUCCAGUAGUGCCAGCAUCCCUGGGCAGAGGAGAACAGCACGGGGAGUGGAAGAUGCGACCAGUAAGAAGAAGCAGAAGGACCGAGCGAAUCAGGAGAGUAAGGAAGGCGAGAGGCCAGUUGGCAGUGACUCAAAGAAAGAGCCUUUUCCUGGCCUGGAGUUGGUAGAGCCCAAUUGGCAGAGGGAGUCUGAGGAGGACCUGCUGCUGUGCUGGAAGCAGAACAACCACGAGGUCAUUGUGAAGCUGAACGUGGACAACGGUGUCCCCAAGGCAGAGGAAGUAGAUACGUCUUUCACAGACACCAGUUGUGUCGUGAAGUUACCUGAUGGCCGCCAGUGGAGCUGCCAGUUCUACGCAGACAUCGAGAGUUCCUGCAGCAAAGUCCAGUACAAGAAGGGCAAUGUCAUGCAGCUGGUGCUGCAGAAGAAGAUCCCUUUGCACGCUUGGCCUUCGCUCUCGAAGCGGUGCAAAGAUAGCUCAAGGGAGCAGACCAAGAGGGCUGCAUGUAAGGAGAACGGCAAGGAGAAGCCCCCUUCUGUGGGGGAAGUACCUGAGGAGCCUCAGCGUGAUAGCGCCACGGAACCGUCCAGGGGCAAACGAGAACCCUCCAACCCAAAGCGAGCCCCUGAGACCUCAGGAGGGAAGAACCCAGCUAGCUUGGGGCUGCCAGCUGGCCCUUGUGCCAAAAGGGCAGUGUGUGUCAACGCCACUCCGUCUGCGGAGGAAGGGAGCGGCAGCGGCAGCGUAAGCACCACAGGGCUCUGUGAGAACGUCGGCAGCCAGAGGAAUGACCGGGGAGCCCAGGGAGAUGCUUCCGUGAAUGUAAAGGCUGACAACCUGGAAAGAGAGUCGGUGCCCAUGGAAAUGCAGCUGCCUUCAGUUCCUGCAGAGACAUUGUCCCGUCAGCAUGUGCCCUGCCCAGAGAAGGAGAUCCCACCGCCUGCCAGUUCCUUUGAGGCUCCACAGGGGCCAGAAGCUGUGUCUGCCUUCAGCGAAGGCCUCGCCUCCUUUCUUCCAUCCAGCGACGCUGAGAAGAGAGGCUGGUCCAAGGACAGUGACGUUCUAGAGGCUGUGGCUAAUGAACCAGAGCCCAUUGUGAAUCUGACGUUUGUGAAGAAUGACUCCUAUGAGAAAGGGAAUGAUUCUAUGGUGGUGCACGUCUACGUGAAGGAGAUUCACAAGGAGAAUUCCAGGGUGCUCUUUCGGGAGCAGGACUUCACGCUAAUGUUCCAGACAAGUGAUGUCAACUUUCUGCGACUGCAUCCAGGCUGUGGCUCUCAUACAGUAUUCAGGUGGCAAGUAAAACUCAGGAAUCUCAUAGAGCCAGACCUGUGCAAAUAUAACUUCACCCCUGCCCGCAUCGACAUCUGCUUGAAGAAACGGCACAGCCAGCGCUGGGGGGGCCUGGAGGCUCCUGCCGCACGAGGUGCAGUGGGUGGUGCGAAGGUUGCCAUGCCAACAGGCCCUACCCCCCUGGAUAAAAGCCAACCUGGAAGUAACCAGCAUCCUCUGUCCACCAAAGAGGAGGCACGAGCGGGUGAGAAGGAGAAGCCACGAGCAGAGGAGAGCGGCCUGGAUGGCGUAGCUGCUCGGACAGUGUCUGAGCAUGUGCCAGUGAAGCAGGAAUCACUGGUGCCCUCGCCCAAGCCAACAUGCAUGGUGCCCCCAAUGACUCACAGCCCUGUCAGCAGCGAAAGUGUGGAGGAAGAGGAGGAAGAGGAGGACAAGGAUGUGUGUCUGCCAGGCUUCACAGGGCUCGUGAACCUGGGCAACACCUGCUUCAUGAACAGUGUUAUCCAGUCUCUCUCCAACACCAGGGAGUUGCGGGACUACUUCCAUGAUCGCUCCUUCGAGUCCGAAAUAAACUACAAUAACCCACUGGGAACUGGGGGGCGCCUGGCUAUUGGCUUUGCUGUGCUUUUGAGGGCACUCUGGAAAGGCACGCAUCACGCCUUCCAGCCUUCCAAACUGAAGGAGAUUGUGGCCAGCAAGGCCAGCCAGUUCACGGGCUAUGCUCAACACGAUGCCCAGGAAUUCAUGGCUUUCCUGCUGGAUGGGCUCCACGAGGACCUGAACCGCAUCUAUAUGAAGCCCUACAUAGAAACCGUGGACUCAGACGGGCGGCCAGACGAGGUCGUUGCAGAAGAGGCCUGGCAGCGGCACAAAUUGAGGAACGAUUCCUUCAUUGUGGACCUGUUCCAGGGCCAGUACAAAUCCAAGCUGGUGUGCCCUGUGUGCUCAAAGGUGUCCAUCACGUUCGAUCCUUUCCUGUAUUUGCCGGUCCCCCUACCCCAGAAGCAGAAAGUGCUGACAGUCUAUUACUUUGCAAAGGAACCCCACAAGAAACCUGUCAAGUUCCUGGUGAGCAUCAGCAAGGAGAACUCUACUGCUAUGGAGGUGCUAGACUCGGUGUCGCAUAGCACACGGGUGAAUCCUGAGAACCUGCGCCUGGCUGAGGUGCUCAAGAACCGCUUCCACCGCAUGUUCCUGCCUUCCCAUUCGUUGGACACGGUCUCCCCCACUGACCUUCUGCUGUGCUUUGAGGUGCUUUCUCCAGACCUGGCCAAGGAGCGCGUGGUGGAGCUGCAAGUUCAACAGCGUCCUCAGGUGACCAGCGUGCCCAUCACCAAAUGUGCCGCCUGUGAGAAGAAGCAGCAGUCAGAGGAGGAGAAGCUGAAGCGCUGUACUCGAUGCUACCGCGUUGGAUAUUGCAAUGUAACGUGUCAGAGAACACACUGGUCCGACCACAAAACCUUGUGUCGCCCUGAGAACAUUGGCUUCCCUUUCCUCAUCAGCGUGCCCGAGUCACGCCUCACCUAUGCACGGCUGGCCCAGCUUCUGGAAGGCUAUGCCAGGUACUCGGUCAGCGUGUUCCAGCCACCCCUGCAGGUGGGCCGGCUGUCCCCCGAACAAGGCUUGCAGCCCCAGCCUCCUGAGAAACAAGAGCCACCGGCCAGGAAUAGCAGUGCUACAGCGGUGUGUGCUGCUGCUGCUGUUGCUGCUGCUGCUGAGACCACCAUGGAGUCGGGAGAUGGUGCCAGGGCCCCACACCUGUUGCAGGAACCCCAGGCAUUCCUCUCAGCUCCGGAGCUACAGCCUGAAUUAGGGGAUACCAGCACUGUGAGGAGCAAGGUGCCCGCAGGGAGAAGCUCGGGGCUAAGCUUGGAUUCAGGCUUCUCUGAGCCAGCCUUGGACACACGGCCUGAGAGCUGUGUGGAAUCGGAGCUGCCUUACGAGAGAGGCCCCAGGCCUGAAGCUGCCAUCCCUGGUUACCAGCAUCCCGCUGAGGGGCCAAGUUCCCACGUCACCCAGUUCUACAUCAACAAAAUUGAUGCGACCAGCAAAGAGCAGAAGCUGGAGGAUAAAGGAGAUACCCCGCUGGACCUGACGGAUGGCUGUUCCCUGGCCCUGGUUUGGAAGAAUAAUGAGCGGAUGAAGGAGUUUGUGCUGGUCAAGUCUAAGGAACUGGAAUGUGUGGAGGACCCAGGCUCUGCAAGUGAGGCAGCCAGGGCAGGACACUUCACCCUUGAACAGUGCCUCAACCUCUUCACCAAGCCAGAGGUGUUGGCCCCAGAGGAGGCCUGGUACUGUCCAAAGUGUAAGCAGCACCGUGAGGCAUCGAAGCAGCUGAUGUUGUGGCGCCUGCCCAACGUCCUCAUCAUACAGCUCAAGCGCUUUUCCUUCCGCAGCUUUAUUUGGAGAGACAAGAUCAAUGAUAUGGUCGAUUUUCCAGUCAGGAGCUUGGACCUGAGCAAGUUCUGCAUUGGCCAGAAGGAUGAGCAGCAGGUGCCCAUGUAUGACUUGUAUGCGGUUAUCAAUCACUAUGGGGGCAUGAUUGGUGGGCACUAUACAGCCUAUGCCCGGCUUCCCAGUGACAAGAACAGCCAGCGCACUGAUGUGGGUUGGCGGCUCUUUGACGAUAGCACUGUCACCAUAGUAGAUGAAAGCCAGGUGGUGACACGAUAUGCUUAUGUGCUCUUCUACCGCCGACGAAACUCCCCUGUAGAGAGACCCCCACGAGGGCCACCUCAUCCCUCAGACCCUCAGGCUGACUUGGCCCCAUCUGCUGAGGCAGCAGCCAAUCAGGCUUCUCUGCUCUGGCAGGAACUGGAGGCCGAAGAGGAAGCUGCCAGGAGGCUGACGAGGAGCCCUUGGAGGUCUUGUGGCCGAAGAGCAAAGAACCUCCCCUCAGAGGGUCCUGACGAUGGCCGGGUCCGCUACUUUGUCCUGGGCACCAUGGCGGCCAUUGUGGCCCUCUUCCUGAAUGUCUUCUACCCGCUCAUCUAUCAGACCCGCUGGAGGUAGCGGCCCCAGCAAGGCACCGGGAGGGGAGCAGCCGGCACACUGCAGCCUUGGCUGUCCUCUGUUGCAUCUGGGUGGUGAGGGGCUGGGAUGCUCCUCGCCAGGUAGGUGCAAGAAGAAGCCCUAGUGCCAACGCCUCCCCCGUGGAGGAGGUGCCACGUCCAGUUUCGGUGCUCUCCCGCUUAGGCGACCUCCUGGAUAUGCAACCAGGGAAGAUCCUUUAUGACUCAACAGCCCAGGAAGCCUCAAUGGGACAAACCUUUCCCAGAUGACUUUUGUGCACUUCAGCCCACGUGAAUCUGGAGGGCUGGGAAAUGUAUGUACUUCCAGCACAGGCUGCAGAUCCACAAAUAUCUGUCUCUAUACCGGGAUGGCAAUGUUUGUCUCUGCCACUCUCUGCCUUGGGAUUGCUCCUCCAAAUUGGGUUGACCACCACCACCACCCCCUUCCCCGGUGCCUAGUACUUGACGGUUGUGCCAAUUUAGCCCAGCUGAGCAUUAGUGCUGUGCUUGCAGCAAGUGGAGAAAAGGACAUCUUUUUGAAUGGACAACUUUCCCCAUUUGGGGAAGGGAAAAUUAAUUGCUGACUCUUCUAAAUGUUGACGGAUUAGGUUAUCUCACCAUGAUGCAGGCAGGUAGACCAUCUUCUUCCUCUCUUUUUUUAAACAGCAUCUUCUUUAGUUGUUAAUCCAGCAUGAGUAUAGACUUCAAGGGAAAGUAUUUGCUCAACCUUCUUCCUCAACCUUAUUUAGCUCGAGGCCCCAGCUGAACAGAAGAAAGGCGUUUUGAUUUGUAUCUCUGCUCUUUUACAUGCCUCUGUGAAUGCGUGCGCGUGUAUGUGUACGCCUAUUUCUUUGUGCACACAAGGUAACAGAACUGUGUUUUUUGGAUUCACGGUUGUGCGGACUUGUGUUGUUUUUAAUACGGCCCGUCAGGCUGUGGUUCCUCAUGGCGAUGCAGGAUCCCUCUUAAGCAUCUGGAGCACAGGUUCAAUCCUAAAUGCCGUUGGCUGUGGCCGGGCAAGUAAGAGCGAUCUUGAGAGCUUGUGAUCCUAGAGCCGAGUUUCCUUCUUCGCAAUACCCUCCAUGGAUUAUGUAUUACUAUUACUGUUUGUUUGGUCCUAUUAUUCAUAUGCAUUAUAAAGCCUAACAUCGCACACGUUCUUCCCACCACGUUCAGAGAGGCUUUCUGCUUCUUUGUGGAGGGGGGAAAUGGGGUUGGCCUUGCCACCAGUGCCAACAGUCAGGUUAAGUGGUGCCUGAUGCUGGUAUCCCUGCUGCGCCCCAGGAAAUGGGCCGUCUCUAGCCACAGCAGUGCCAAAGAGCACAGCCUGAUCCGUGCAGAGUUCUGGCGUGGGCCUUCCCAGGGUCAGGAGGAGCAUCCCUGAGCUAUCCUCUGCCAGCUUGGUGGAUAAAGGCAUUGCAUUGUGCUGUGGAAAAGAUUUCACUGUAUUUAUUUAUUGUAUUUAAUAAAGCUAAGCUGUUCUAAAGAGAUAUAGCCUGGCUCCUUUCUUUCCCCCAUCUGCUGCUGUGCUAUUCGGUCUCUUUCUAAACUUAGUAGAAGGAUUAUAUCAGUCCCCACGCACCCCACAUAUAUCUUACUGCUGACCCCCAAGCCUGUCCAGUCCUGGCUGCUGUUGCUGCUCAUUUUAGGGGACCAAGAAAUGGUUUGAGAGGUUCCUUGUGUUGUAACCAACAAUAUGAGAGAAAAAGUUAAUACUGUCGGUGAGAGAAAGUGCAGCGCUGGACUAGAAGGGCUGAGACAGAGCUCUCUGUGUUCUGUGACUUUCUGCAAGUCAGAAUUUUCUGCUCAGUGCAGAUACAGUAAUCUGAAAAUUCCAGCGUUCAUUAAAAACAGGACUGGGCAGUCUGUGGCUCAGGCGCACAUGCAGGCCUCUGCAUAACUUCAUUCAGGUGUGUGGAGGCCAGAGGGAGAGAAGGAAAACAGGACGGGGGAAAUGGGGGAGAAGGCAAAACAGAUGUAGCAAUAGAAAGAGGGGGCCGCCUUCU